UUAAUUUUUAAGAUGUAAAAUUUGUUUAAAAAUUAUCAACUAUUAGCUGUCAGUACUUAAAGACCUAAUUUUCUGAAUAUUUGAAACCGAAACUCCUUAUAAAAUAUUAUUUUACCUCUGUUCCUUAAUUUUCUCACCGUGCACACCUGGGGCCGGCGGCAGUCCGCACGGAAACCAAAAAUCCAAUAAGCUAUCGGUGUGUGCGAGAGACCGGGUUUGGGUUUCAAGCCUUGCGUGCUCCCCAAAGACUUCGGUUCAGAUGUUUAGUUCGCAUUCGCCACCCGUUAGUUGAAGUCGCCCCCGAACACAAUGGCCAAGUUCAGUCCGCACCAACUGUCGAAUCCCCGGGCGAAUGUCUUUAUCCUGGUCAAUCUGGGAUGCGAGAUGCUCUACGUGAUCGAUCAGCGGCUAAAGGCACAGCAGAUCGCACAGGAUAAGUCGAUUCAAGUUAUCCACGAUGUGACCACUGUCUUGUUGGAGCCCAAGUUCAUAGACUCCCUGCUUAACGGCUCCAAGCACAACAAUGCCCAACUCUUAACCUCCGAGCACUGCAAGUUCAUGUUAAACGAUAUCGCCACCUGCUCGCUAAUGAGACUCGACGAGCAAUCGAUGGCCAAACUGUGGAACCUCAUGACCGUGGUCUACAAGUGGCAGUUGUUCGUGUCCCGCCACCAGCAUCACCUGCUAGAGAUCACCUUCCGGCACUUGGACGCGGUCAACAGGUUGUAUCCCGAUGCCAGGCGACACAUGCUGAUUGACUUUACCAAGAACACGCUGCUGGACUUUUGGAAUGCCUGCGGGGAGGAGGCACAGCUGUCCAUCUACCAGACGAACAGAGCCUGGCUGCAGUGCUUCAACACGAAAAUCUCCCUGCUGAUACGCCUGGGCUUCCAGGCCAUGGAUGGAAGCUUCAUCAAGGAGGUGGAUCAGGAAUACUUUCCGGAUUUCGUGCAAACGGCAGGGGAUAAUAUCUAUGUGAAGAGUGCCGAGCAGCAGCAGCAGAGGGAUCGAGAGCGUCAGCGUGAAAGGGAGCCCAACAGCAUGGAUCAGUUGGCGGCCCAACUGAACAUCAAUUCGUCCAGCGGUGGCGAGGAUUUGCAGCCCAUUAAUGCCCGUCAGUUUCAGCAGCAGUUCGAGCAGGCCUUUGGCAGUGUUCUCUUUGAUGAACCCUCUUCCACGGGCUGCGAAUUUGUCCAGCUUCAGCCCACGAGUCCGUCAUCGUCCUCCAGUGAGGCGGCCAUGGCCAUGUCCAGGGGAUCGGCACUGAACCAGAACCUGCUGGAUUUGUACAGCAAAAUGCCUUAGGAGAGCGUUA